GAUUCUGAUCUGUCAUCUGUGGCGUGCUGUCAUGCUGUGGCAAUUGUUCGAUAGUUGAAACACCUUUUUAUUUAAUUUAUUUGUGAACUUAUUAAAAAUCAAGUCAAAUAUGUAUGUAUUUAAUACAAUUAAGUAAGAGUGAAGUGUGCUAAACCCUAUACGCUUAGUAGAAAGACUUUCAAGUGACAUUUCCUCUGACCCAAGCAACGCUGAUGUUCAAGGGAGGCAAGAAGUUUUGAUGAUUAGGUAAAAAGAGCAUGCAGCCAUCUAAUAUGGUGCCAGUGACAGUAAACUCCAGCAUGGCAGGCACCAUUCCUAAUGUGAUGACUAUCAACAAGCCAGGCGGGCAGAAUGUGGUUGUCACUACACAGAACCUCGGAACGGGACAGCAAGCUAUCUUACCAAAUGUACAAAUCCUUAAUAUGAGGCCAGGAGCUCCAUCAGUUGCUGCUCAAAAGUCUGUGGCCACUGUGUCCCCUCGAGUUGUGAUUGGAACUCCACAAGUAGUCGGUACCAGGGCAACUGCACCUGGUAUUACACUUCAAACACUACAAAGUCUCCCACAAGGUCAACAAGGUCACUUGUUACUAAAAACUGAAAAUGGUCAAUAUCAGUUGUUAAGAGUUGGGCCAGCGCCCACCGGCGGUACACUUGCUUCACAACAGCCUCAGACACUGCGGCUUUCCACCAUACCAGCUCACUCCGGCGUCCCUACAGUAUCAACCAGUGUCGCUGCACCCGGCCCUUUAGCUGGACAGAUACAAACUGGACAGAUCGCUACGCCAGUUGCUGCUACACCCACAGUUUCUAUGGCUACAACUGUCACCCAACAACCUGCUGUCACUACUCAGAAACCACUUGACAAUACAAAAGAAAAAUGUAGAAACUUCCUUGCAAACCUUUUAGAUUUGUCGAGUAAAGAACCAAAGUCGGUCGAGCGUAAUGUUCGCAAUCUCAUUCAAGAGUUAAUAGACGCUCAGGUGGAACCGGAAGCAUUCUGUGACAGGCUGGAGCGACUCCUAAAUGCCAGUCCGCAACCUUGUCUCAUUGGUUUCUUGAAGAAAAGUUUACCUCUGCUUCGACAAUCAUUGGUCACCAAGGAAUUAGUAAUCGAAGGUAUAAAUCCACCAUCGCCACAAGUUGCUUUCAACACUAUGCCAGCACCUGUAGUAGCACAGCCAGUUGCGGCCACAAGCACUAUACAGAUGCAAAAACCACUAACGGCAGCAGGAAAUACUAUAGCUGUACUACAAAACAUUCCUGUACAUACAAAAAUCAAUGUGUCAAAGGCCGGGAAAACGAUGACGGUAAACAGCAAAUCAAAUUUUGCGCGACCAUCAGCAGUGUCGUCAGCUGGUCUUUCCACUGUUCUAACUACUGGAAAAUCACUUCUAAAGGAAAAGGAGAAAAAAGCAGCUGCCCAAUUUACUCCUCAACCGUUUGUGGAUGAUAAAAUGGCUGGGGAUGAUGAUAUAAAUGACGUAGCAGCCAUGGGUGGCGUCAAUUUAGCUGAAGAAUCACAAAGAAUUUUAGGCUCAACAGAAAUGAUUGGCACGCAAAUCAGAUCGUGUAAAGAUGAGUACUUAGUGCCGUCGGGUUUGAUGCAAGCUCGAUUGAAGACAAUCACUGCUAAAAAUGGUCUCGAGGAUCCAUCCGCAGACGUGGCCGCUCUCAUCAACCACGCUGUUCAGGAACGGCUGAAAAGCUUGAUAGAAAAGUUAGCUGUUAUCGCUCAACAUAGAAUCGACUCUCAGAUUAAAACCGACCCCCGGUAUGAAGUCUCACAGGAUGUGAAGGGUCAACUGAAAUUCUUGGAAGAACUAGAUAGGGUAGACAAAAAACGGCGUGAAGAUUCCGAGCGGGAGAUGUUACUCAGGGCUGCUAAAUCUAGAUCGAAAAAUGAAGACCCAGAGCAGGCUAAACUCAAGGCAAAAGCUAAAGAGAUGCAGAGAGUCGAGCUGGAGGAGUUGAGGCAACGGGAGGCUAACUUGACGGCCCUGCAAGCGAUCGGUCCACGUAAGAAACCUCGUAUCGACGGCCCGGGUGGUUCCGGUGACAACUCGAUCCCUUCAAGCUCACAGGGCCCUUCAGGACUGACUGGCCGAAGUCAGCUAGCUCUGCGCACGCGUCUCAAACGCAUCAAUCUACGAGACAUGCUCUUCCUAAUGGAACAAGAAAAGGACACUGCACAUUCUCUCUUGCUGUACCUCAGUUACUUAAAGUAGCAUAAAUGGAUUUUUAAAUUAUAUCACUUUUCCUUUAUUCAUCUAGACAUUUUAUCUUAGUUAUAUUUAUGUAAAUAUAGGUUUACGAUAAUAAUCAUUAAAAUAAAAAUUUCAGAAAUGAAUUAUAGAAAUUUACAAUUAGAAUAAUAGGCUAGUUGACACUGUUUUUUAAUUUUCUUAAAUAGUUCAUUAUUGUUCUACUAGAUUGAAAAAAUAAAAUCAUAUUUUUUUGAGACGUGAUUACACAAAAAAUUUUACAUUUUAAAUAUGAUUUUGACAAUACGAGCCCAAACGCCUGUCGGCCAUGACGGUUUAUUUGAACUGUAUGAUGACACUUUAUCAAAUCCCCAAACAGAGCAUUUGACAAAAAAAAACAAUUAGUUUGACGUUUAGUACAUCAAGUGUGUGUGACGUCACAAAAUGGACGAUAGCGUUGUUGACUUUGGAAAAUUUGAAAAAAUAAGUGACAGAUUUGAAAUCUUUAACUUUUAUUAAUUGAUAUCGAAUAUCGAAAUAUUUCGGGCCCUUAUUCCAUGUACUACACGAAAUUAAUAUUGUUUAUAUUAAUUUUGGUAUGAGUCAACUAACCUAUUACCAUGGUUUCAUAAAUUCUUAUGUAUUUUAUAUUUGACAAUAAUCAAGCCUGGGUAGGCUUUGACCAUCGAUCUCCUAUUAUAAAGUAGAUGCACAAUCAGCGACCAAAAAACGUCUCCACUCAAUGAGUGCCAAGCACAACUUCUUGGCACUCAAUUCAAGUAGUCACAUUUGCAAAUUCAAUCUUAAACUCAAUCCUUAAAGUUGAAUUUGGUAUUUUAUUGAAUAUUGGACUAUAUUUAAAGGCCUUUAGGUAUAAUUUUCUUUUCCAAUAAUUCUAAAACUGUCAAAGCAAAAUUGGCCAGUUUUUAAGUGAAAUUUUCUACAUGAUUGUGCGUCCUUAUAAUAUAAAAAUAGCUUUUACACAAAAUUUACAGUCUGUUUUACAUAUUCAACAAUUUAAGUGAGAAACAAAGAAAAUGUAUUCUUUUCACCAGGUGAUACAUAUUUUAUUUAGUCUAUAGGAUUCUAGACUGCCUGUCUAAAUUUAUCAUAAUGUAAUAUUUGUUAUUAAGAGAGGAUGUAAAUAUUAUAUUAUUAAGUAUACAUUAAUUUAAUGGUAAUAGGUGCGAUUUUACGGUAUGAAUUAUGAUUGAGUUAAACAAAAAAAAGAUUUGCCUUUCUUUCAAAUGUGGCAAUAAUAAUCAUUUUUACAGCUGUACAUAAUUUUGCUUGAGAUUUUCAUUUCUUUUCUAUAAGUGUAUUUUUUCUAUAUUUUGUAGAAUUUCUUACAAAAUUUCUGACUAUUCCGCUUUUUGGAAUUAAAGGUUACGGUAAUUUUUCUUGAUCACAUUUUCUGCUUGAUCUCAAUAAAACAAAGUCUAUAAUUAGGUUAAUCCUAGCUUAGAUUUGUUUACCUGGUAAAAAUCACAAUAUCUGAUUUGAAUAAUACAUACCUAUUUGAAUAAAUGUACAGAUAAACAAAACAAUGUUAUUGGUAUAUGUACAGAUUAUUCAAUAAUAUACAGAUGGAGCAUAAGGAACACGGCGCGCGGUGUCAUAGCCGCUCCAAAUACAAAAAUCAAAAAGUAAUACAUUCUGGAGUUAGUAUGACACGAACCGUCGCAUCAGUGAUUUUUAAUAUUAUUCAAGAAAAAUGGCGUCUUAUGUUUUUAAAUAUUUUAAAAACUGUCAACAACUAAAAAAAAAAGAUGAAGUAUGUUUUUAUUGGUAAUUAAUUAUUGAUUAUUAUAUUAUUUUACGUAAUUGUUAAUAGUGUUAAGUUUUGAAAUACAAAAUAAGAAAAAGUUAUAUACUAACUUUUUCUUAUUUUGUAGAUGUCAAGGAAACGCGUAACGUUUGUUUUUUUUUAAUGGCUUUCGCCGGCUUCAAUACGUUGCUUGUAAAGGCUCACUCUGGUUACUCUGUGGGUAUAUAUAAGAAUAUAUUGUAUAAAAUACUCUUACAAUGUUAUGUACAGAUGUGGUUCCUUGUGUUGUUAUAAUAUGAAUGUUCUAUGGAAACCUAGAUAAUCCGUCACUUUUUCACCAGUAGGGGUAAAGAACAAUUUUUAACAAUUUAGCGUGACGUUGUAUGUUCAAUGCUACCAAUGGUUAGUAAAAGUGGAAUUGUAUUAAAACAAGCAAAAUUUUCGUUGCCUCUUUGGUCUAAAAGAGCUGCCUACAUCUUCCUUUUUUAUUGUUCUUGAUUGAUGGUGUAAACAGUUCUUAACAAGACAGCUUUUUGACUACCAAAUUAACUGAGGAAUCUAAAUAGACACUGUACAUACCUAUUAAGAUUUCUGAGUUAAUAAUUGGUAUUCUACAAAUAUAAUUGUAUAUAAUUGGGUAGAUUUUCAGUUCAUUUGUUGUAAAAUCGUCAUAAUUUGUGACAUUAAAUUUUUAUUAAACCUG